AUGCCUCCCAAGCGCAAGGCGACUGACAGUGGUCGGUCUAGCAGUACCUCGAAACGCCCCACGCCAGUUCCAGACCUUACGGAAAUAUCCAGCAGCGAUGAAUACUCGGAUCCGGAAGACGUGCCAGAGGGGAAGGAUAACUUGAAAGAGGUCGUCAGCAAGUUUUCCUUGGAGUCAUUCAGCAAGCGAUCUCAAGUCAACAACAGGACCGAUCCUAGAUUUGGCUACAAGGACCUGUCUGCCCUCCCUCUCAAACGCGACCACUACAACCGCCCGUUAUGGAUCGAGCCGGUAAAAGGCACGAUCACUCUCGAAAGUUUCUCCCCGCUGGCACCCCAGGCCCAGGAUUUCCUCACAACCAUCGCGGAGCCCUUAUCGCGUCCGACCCACCUGCACGAAUACCGCUUGACGGGUCAUAGUUUGUAUGCGGCGGUUUCCGUUGGUUUGAAACCGCAGGAUAUUGUUGCCUUCUUGGACCGUCUCUCGAAAACGCCGUUGCCGGAAACUAUCCGGACUUUCAUUAUCGAAUUCACCAAAUCGUACGGGAAGAUUAAGAUGGUUCUCCGACACAAUCAUUACUACGUGGAAACAACGGAUCCGGAAAUGCUGCAGCGGUUGCUCAAGGAUGAAGUGAUUGGGCCCCAGCGAAUUGAAAGCACAGAAGGAAUUAUCGAGCGAGCUGCCCCGAAAAUGGGAGGCCUUGUCAUUCCCGGAACAAAGGAUGCAGCUGGUGUGAGAGAAACUGGCACUCAACAAGAAGCCCCUGCUGCCCCUAGGGAGGAGAACGCAGAGGUUGCAAUGGACUAUGGAAUUGAUGACGUUGGUGAGGAUGACAAUGAAGAAGCCACCACAUACAGCUUUGAGAUUCCUGCAACUGGUGUCGAAGUGGUCAAGGCUCGUUGUCAAGCAAUUGGAUGUCCCGCCUUGGAAGAAUACGAUUUCCAAGGAGACACGGUCAACCCCAAUCUUGAUAUGGACCUGAAGCCCGCUGCUCGGAUUCGUUCAUACCAGGAGAAGAGUCUGAGUAAGAUGUUUGGUAAUGGACGAGCAAAGAGUGGUAUCAUUGUUCUUCCUUGUGGUGCCGGCAAGACCCUAGUCGGCAUUACAGCGGCAGCGACAAUCAAAAAAGGCACGAUCGUGCUCUGCACUAGUUCCAUGUCGGUCGUUCAGUGGCGAAAUGAGUUCUUACGCUGGACAACGAUCGACCCAAGUGACAUUGCCAUUUUCACUUCGGACCACAAAGAGAAAUUCAAGCGGUCAACCGGUAUCAUCGUUUCCACCUACUCCAUGGUGUCGCAAACGCGAGCGCGUUCCUACGAUGCCCAGAAGAUGAUGGACUGGCUUCAGUCUCGGGAAUGGGGUAUGAUGAUUCUUGACGAGGUGCACGUUGUGCCGGCCUCCAUGUUCCGAAAGGUCACAUCUGCGAUCGCUGCUCAGAGCAAGCUUGGUCUCACAGCCACUCUUCUGCGUGAGGAUGACAAGAUUAAGGAUCUGAAUUUCCUUAUCGGUCCAAAGCUUUACGAAGCGAACUGGAUGGAACUGGCCGCACAGGGUCACAUUGCAAAGGUCCAGUGUGCCGAGGUGUGGUGCCCAAUGACAACGGAGUUUUACUCCGAAUACCUACGCGAGAGUUCUAGGAAGCAGGCUUUGCUCUACAUCAUGAACCCUCGCAAAUUCCAAGCGUGUCAAUUCUUGAUCGACUUCCACGAGAAGCGAGGCGACAAGAUUAUCGUGUUCUCCGAUAACGUCUAUGCCUUGGAGCGAUAUGCACUGAAGUUGAACAAGGCAUACAUUUACGGUGGAACCCCGCAGAACGAGCGAAUGCGCAUUCUGGAGAACUUCCAGCACAACGAGCAGGUGAAUACCAUUUUCUUAUCAAAGAUUGGAGACACCUCGCUCGAUUUGCCAGAGGCUACCUGCUUGAUCCAGAUCUCCUCCCACUACGGUUCUCGCCGUCAGGAGGCACAGCGUCUGGGUCGUAUUCUCCGGGCCAAGCGUCGUAAUGACGAGGGCUUCAAUGCCUUCUUCUACUCACUUGUGUCCAAAGAUACUCAUGAGAUGGUUUACUCGGCCAAGCGACAGGCAUUCCUGAUUGACCAGGGUUACGCAUUCAAAGUCAUCACCCAUCUACAGGGCAUUGACAACUACGAAGGUUUAUCGUAUGCCACUCCCGCCGAGCGUCGAGAAUUGCUCCAGGAAGUCAUGCUGCAGAACGAAUCAUCAGCAGACGUGGAACAGGUCACGGAUGACUUAUUCUCAAUGCGCUCUGCUAAGGGUCGCCCGGGCAAGAAGUCAACGGCCAAGCGCAGCGCAGCUACCCUUAGUGGUCUGGCCGGCGGUGAUGAUAUGGCAUAUAUUGAAUACAACAAGAGCAGAAAUAAGCAACUCAAGGACAAGGGUACUCAUCAUCCAUUGUUCAAGAAGAUGCAACGAGACCGCGAGCGGGCGCGGAAAGCACGAGAGGAGGCAUAA